GAGAGCGCAUACACGUGUUACAAUUUAACUGACAUUGACUGGAAAUUUUCCGAGAGAGGCAGCAUAGUCGCGUCAGGUGGAAGGAAAUAUUUCCUCUUUGAUCCGUAGGAUAUCGUCAGGUGUCUUAAACUAAAUUUGGACAAAUCGUGUUAGUCGAUUCGAUAUAUUAUAAUCAUAAGUAAGUGAUUAUUACGCUUACGCUUUAGCCGAAUUCGUGAUACAAUAGUGAAUUCUUUAAAAGAAUAACAAAAAUUCAUUCAGCCUCGAGUAUUUUUUUUACGUAGAGACAUUUAUUAUUGCGGACACUUUGAAGACAUCAGUGAAAAAUUGUUUUAAUGAACAUACUUGAAAGAAAAUAUUGGCCGAUUUACGUCUGUUCAUGUUCAUGUAUGUUAUAUGUAUGAGAAUUGGUUCAGAAACGGAAGAAACAGUUAUUAAGUAGAAGAAAGGAGGAUAGAAGCAGAAGUUGGAACAUUGAAUACAGCAACAUAAUUUCUAAUUUUUGCAAACUAACCAGUACGGAUUAAGCACAUGCGUGUUAUUUGUCAUUGAAACGGCUCAACAUACAGUUUCUCUAGACACAAUACGAUUACACUUUCUUCUACUUGGUGUUUUUCGUUGGGAGUGAAAUUCUUAAGAUUUACUUUAAAAUCAGUGGAAACUUUUAAAUAGAAACCAUGCACGGGGCCGAAUCCUGGUCUUUUCCUCCGAAGCAGGCUCUCUACGAUCCAACACUUGAAAGGGAUGCUUGCGGUGUUGGAUUCAUUGUUGCAAUAAAUGGGAAAAAGUCGCACAAAAUCGUUCGCGAUGCAGAAAUUCUCUCGGCACGUAUGAACCACCGUGGUGCUUGCGCUUGCGAUAACGAUACCGGUGACGGGGCCGGUGUUCUUUGUGCAAUUCCACACGAGUAUUACGCCGAUGAAUUGCGCGAACGACAAAAUGUCGAAUUACCUCAAUUCGGUCGUUAUGCCACCGGUAUUCUAUUUCUUGAUCAAAAUUCUCAUCAAGAAGCUGAGGCUGUUUUUGAAAAGUUAGUUGAAGAGUGCAAUUUAAGGCUAAUUUGUUGGCGAGAUGUUCCAACAGAUAACACGAAAAUUGGUCAAGUGGCACGAAAAUGCGAACCUUACAUGCGUCAAGUCUUUGUCACUGGUGAUCAAGACGAUAUUAAUCUUGAACGGCAAGUUUUUAUUUUGAGAAAAAGAUCGUCUCAUUCCAUACCACGACCAGGAAUUAGGUACUAUAUAUGCUCACUUUCUGUACGAACGGUUGUUUAUAAAGGACAAUUGACGGCGGACCAGUUGUGGCUCUAUUUUCUAGAUUUGAAGUCUCCAAAAUUUGAAACCUAUCUGGCAUUAGUUCACACAAGAUUUUCAACAAAUACAUUUCCUAGCUGGGAAAGGGCGCAUCCUCUUCGAUUGUUGGCGCAUAAUGGUGAAAUCAACACUUUAAGAGGAAACGUAAAUUUAAUGAAGGCACGAGAAGGAGUGAUGAGUAGCAAGGUUUAUGGGGAAAAAUUGAAACAACUUUAUCCAGUGGUAGAACCGAACCUCUCGGAUUCAGGGGCCGUUGAUUGUGUUUUGGAAUUUCUAGUAAUGGUAGGACAGCGGUCUUUGCCAGAGGCAGUAAUGACAAUGGUACCAGAAGCAUGGCAAAACGAUUUAACGAUGGCAUCUGAGAAGCGCGAUUUUUACCAUUGGGCUGCUUGUGCGAUGGAACCUUGGGAUGGCCCAGCUCUUUUAACCUUUACAGAUGGACGCUACGUUGGUGCUAUCUUAGACAGAAACGGCCUGCGCCCAUCGCGCUUCUACGUUACUAAGGAUAACAUGAUGGUGAUGGCAUCUGAAGUGGGUGUCUAUGACACUCCGUCCAACAAUGUAGUCUUAAAGAGCCGUUUGAAACCCGGCAGAAUGCUACUGGUUGAUACGCAUGAGAAAAGGAUCAUAGAAGAUGUUGAACUGAAGUUGCACAUUGCUAGAAGUAGACCACAUUCCAAGUGGCUAAAAGAUCAGAUUACAAUGGAAGAGUUACGUGCUGCUGAUGCUGAUUAUAAAAAGAAACUAAGCACUGUUGAAAAUGGUUCGAUCGUGGACGAAGAAGUAGCUAAAAGAAAAGCCAUGAAUGAUGCAAAUCCAAUAUCUACUGUAAAUCGAGUUUGGGGAGGCGAUAAAAGAUUAUCCCUCUAUGGAUACACCCUUGAAACCAUUAAUUUGCUUCUUCUGCCAAUGAUGCAGUCUAAGAAAGAAGCACUGGGUUCUAUGGGUAAUGAUGCGCCAUUAGCUUGUCUUUCUCAAUUUCAACCCCUUAUCUACGACUAUUUUAAGCAACUGUUUGCUCAGGUGACAAAUCCUCCGAUAGACCCUUUCAGAGAAAAAAUCGUAAUGUCAAUGCUUUGUCCUAUUGGACCAGAAAGUAAUAUGCUUGAGCCAAACGAACUGCAAGUACAUAGAUUAUUUUUACGACAACCAAUACUUUCCUUGGAUGAUCUCGAGAUAAUCAAAAGAACGAAUUAUCGUGGUUGGAAAACUAAAAUUAUCGAUGCGACAUAUCCUGUGCAAGAUGGUCCACCUGGAUUAGUGAAUACACUAAAUCGUGUUAAUCAGGAGGCUAAUCAAGCUGCGAAAGAAGGUUAUCAAUUUAUCGUUCUAUCCGAUCGGCUGGGUAGCUCGGAAAGAGUGCCUGUAAGCAGCCUGUUAGUCCUGGGCGCAGUGCAUCACAAUCUAAUCGAAGAACGACAACGUAUGAAAGUUGGUCUCAUUGUAGAAACUGCUGAAGCUAGAGAAAUACAUCAUAUAUGUCUGCUACUUGGCUAUGGAGCGGACGCCAUUUGUCCGUACUUAGUAUUUGAAAUGGCAAGAAAUCUUCGUAUGGAUGGCGUACUUGAUUCGUCAUUAACCGAUAAUGCUUUAUGUGCGAACUAUGCGGAAGCAAUGGAUAGAGGAAUAGCUAAAGUAAUGGCAAAAAUGGGAAUCUCUACGUUGCAAUCGUAUAAAGGAGCUCAAAUAUUCGAAGCAGUCGGUUUGUCAGAUGAAGUCAUCAAUAAAUGCUUUAAGGGUACACAAUCUCGUAUUGGUGGAGUUACUUUUGAUAUUUUGGCAAAAGAAGCAUUUGAAAGACAUCAAAUUACUUAUUGCACAAAACCUAUGGAUAUGCUUGUUAUUCGCAAUCCAGGAGUUUAUCAUUGGCGAUCUGGUGGAGAAAAACACAUAAACGAUCCUGAUAGUAUUGCUAACUUGCAGGAUUAUGUAAAUUCUAAGAACUGGAACUCUUAUGAGAAAUAUCGAAAAACUACAAUGGAAAUGAUAAGGGCAUGCACCUUACGUGGUCAAUUGGAAUUAAUACAAAAAUCAGAAAAAUCCAUACCCAUUGAAGAAGUUGAACCAGCAUCUGAGAUUGUGAAACGGUUUGCAACCGGAGCUAUGAGUUUUGGAAGUAUUUCUAUAGAAGCACAUACAACAUUAGCGAUUGCGAUGAAUCGUAUUGGCGGUAAAUCGAAUACAGGCGAAGGUGGUGAAAAUGCUGACAGGUAUCUGAAUCAGGACCCAGAGUUUAACAAACGAUCAUCCAUUAAGCAAGUUGCCAGCGGUCGUUUUGGUGUCACUUCAAGUUAUUUAGCAAAUGCUGAUGAUCUUCAAAUCAAGAUGUCACAAGGUGCGAAGCCAGGAGAAGGCGGCGAGUUGCCUGGUUAUAAGGUUACUGCUGAGAUUGCUGCAACUAGACAUUCUGUACCUGGUGUAGGUCUAAUUUCACCACCACCGCAUCACGACAUUUAUUCGAUCGAAGAUCUUGCGGAAUUAAUUUAUGAUUUGAAAUGUGCAAAUCCAAAUGCUCGUAUUUCUGUCAAAUUAGUGUCGGAAGUAGGAGUAGGCGUAGUUGCAUCAGGUGUUGCAAAGGGGAAAGCAGAACAUAUCGUAAUAUCUGGCCAUGAUGGUGGAACUGGUGCUAGUACUUGGACAGGAAUAAAAUCCGCUGGAUUACCUUGGGAAUUAGGAGUUGCGGAGACCCAUCAAAUUUUAACCUUAAAUAAUCUUCGAUCACGUGUCAUUGUACAAGCAGAUGGACAAAUGCGUACAGGAUUCGACGUAGUGGUUGCGGCUCUUUUAGGUGCCGACGAAUUUGGCUUUAGUACUGCGCCAUUAAUUUCCAUGGGUUGUACUAUGAUGAGAAAAUGUCAUUUAAACACAUGUCCCGUGGGUGUUGCAACACAAGAUCCAAAACUUCGAAAAAAAUUUGAAGGAAAGCCGGAACAUGUUAUUAAUUUUUUCUUCGCAUUGGCAGAAGAGGUACGUUCUCACAUGGCCAGCCUUGGAUUACGUAAAUUUCAAGAUCUAAUAGGUCGUACUGAUUUGUUGAAAGUUCGCGAAGAUAUCUCAGUAGAGAAGGCUAAAACAUUAAAGCUCGAUAAUAUUUUGCGUAAUGCACUUGAACUCCGUCCCGGAGUAAAUAUUCAGGGAGGAUCGAUGAAACAGGACUUUCAACUAGAAAACAGAUUGGACAAUCAUGUCAUUGAAUUAGCCAUGGAUUUAUUGAAAGGAAAACAGAAACGUGUUGAUAUUGAAUUAAAUAUUAAUAAUGAAUGUAGAGCAUUUGCGGCAACAUUAAGCUACCAUAUUUCAAAAUUAUAUGGCGAAGUUGGUUUACCUGAAGGUAGUAUCAACAUAAAAAUGAAAGGUUCUGCAGGUCAGAGCUUCUGUGCUUUCAUGACCAAAGGCGUUCAUGUUACUCUCGAGGGAGAUGCCAACGAUUAUGUUGGCAAAGGUUUAUGUGGAGGAGAAAUCGUUAUAUAUCCACCAAAAGAUUCUACUUUCAAGUCCGAAAAUAACGUAAUCGUUGGUAAUGUUUGUCUUUAUGGUGCAACUUCUGGCAAAGCAUAUUUUCGAGGAAUUGCUGCUGAAAGAUUUAGCGUUCGUAACAGUGGCGCCAUAGUAGUAGUCGAAGGUGUCGGUGAUCAUGGGUGCGAAUAUAUGACUGGUGGCUGUGCAGUUAUUCUGGGUCUUACUGGUCGAAAUUUCGCAGCUGGAAUGUCCGGUGGGAUAGCCUAUGUCUUAGAUGUAGACGGAUCAUUCAAGAGUAAAUGUAAUCCUGAAAUGGUAGAAUUGCUUCCCUUAAGUAAGCAAGAAGAUAUUGCAUAUGUGAAACAACUUUUAGAAGAAUUUGUUGAGAAAACUGGUUCUUUAAUAGCUGAAGAUCUUUUGAUGUUGUGGCCUGAACCAACUACACGGUUCGUUAAGGUAUUUCCGUAUGAGUAUCAGCGGGCGUUAAAGCAAGUCGAAGAAGCCAAACAAGCACAAUCAAUACCGAAUGGAAAUUCUCAGACGGAAAACACCCAGAUCAAAGAUAUUGAAGAUGCUAUUGUAGAUACUGAUAUGGAGCAGCAAAAAUUGGAUAAGAUAAGAGGAUUUAUUAAAUAUAGAAGACAAAUGGGAAUUUAUCGGCCAGUUGAAAACCGAAUUACCGAUUGGAAUGAAAUUUAUAACUUUCAAAAAGUUCGUAAAGGAUUACGCGUGCAGGCAGCAAGAUGUAUGGAAUGCGGUGUACCAUUUUGUCAAAGUAGUCAUGGUUGCCCUCUAGGAAAUAUCAUUCCUAAAUGGAAUGAUCUUGUCUUCCAAUCGAAUUGGAAAGAAGCUUUAAAUCAAUUGUUACAAACUAAUAAUUUCCCAGAAUUCACUGGAAGAGUUUGUCCAGCUCCUUGUGAAGGUGCCUGUGUUUUGGGUAUAUCUGAACCAGCAGUUACAAUAAAGAACAUUGAAUGUGCGAUAAUUGAUCACGCAUUUGAACAAGGUUGGAUAGUGCCGCAUCCACCAACAACUAGAACCGGUCGACGAGUAGCAGUAGUUGGCUCAGGUCCGGCUGGUUUGGCGGCAGCUCAUCAAUUAAAUAAGGCAGGCCAUUUGGUGACUGUUUAUGAAAGAAAUGACCGAAUUGGAGGUCUACUGCAAUAUGGUAUUCCGACUAUGAAGUUAUCGAAACAAGUUGUUCAAAGAAGGGUUUCUCUUCUUGCGGCGGAGGGUAUUACAUUUAAGACUGGCGUCGAUGUAGGAAAACAUAUUUCUGCUAAUGAAUUACGGGAACAAUAUGACGCAAUGUUAAUAUGUACUGGCGCAACUUGGCCAAGAGACUUACAAAUACCAGGUCGACACCUUGAAGGAAUUCAUUUUGCUGUAAGCUUUUUGGAAAAUUGGCAAAAGAAUCAAAUGGGGAAUAACGCUCCACUAGAUAUGCGUUUAAUAGCUAAAGAUAAGGAUGUUAUUAUAAUAGGUGGUGGCGAUACUGGUUGUGAUUGUAUAGCUACAUCUUUGCGACAGGGUGCCAAAACAAUUACAACUUUUGAAAUUUUACCUGAACCACCAAACGAAAGAGCGCACGAUAAUCCUUGGCCUCAAUUUCCACGUGUAUUUAAAGUGGAUUAUGGUCAUGAGGAAGUUUCCUUGAAGUUUGGCCGAGAUCCCCGUCAAUUUAGUACACUGAGUAAAGAGUUUUUAGACGAUGGAAACGGCCACGUAAGUGGUAUUAAAACCGUGUCAGUAUCGUGGACAAUGGAAAAUGGACGUUGGAAAAUGGAAGAGGUUCCUGGGACAGAAAAAAUAUACAAAUGUGACCUAGUUUUACUCGCUAUGGGUUUCUUAGGUCCAGAAAAAUAUAUUGCAACAGAAUUAAAUACAAAAAUGGAUGAAAGAGGUAAUUUCAAAACACCAGUUGGAAAUUACAAGACAAGUUUAGAUGGAAUAUACGCAGCAGGAGAUUGUCGGCGUGGACAAUCCCUGGUAGUUUGGGCAAUCACAGAAGGUAGGCAAGCUGCAAGAGAAAUAGAUCUGGCCUUAAUGGGGGAAACUGGUCUUCCUGUAUCCGGUGGUGUUAUAACUGGCGUUAUGGCUUAAGAUGCAUACGUUCUAAGUGUAGUCGAUCAGAAUUCGGCUAUUUCUUUCUACCCCUCUCGUUCCUACCGCGUUUUUCUUCUCUUUUUUAAACUUUUUCAGUGAUUAAACCGUGCAAAGUAUGCGAUCAGUGUACCGGUAGGAGAAUAAGUAACAUGUAAUGAGCAAGGAAGACAUGCGGUCAAUGCGUGAACAAGGAAAUCAGUAUUAUUUUAUCGUGAGUGUAUAUCGUGAAAGUAUUCGCGAUAUCGAAAAGGUCUUAUCGUCAUUUGUGUUCAUUCACGCAGAAGCUCGAAUGUAAGAAUUACAGUAGGAAAAUGACAGCUGCAGUAUGAGAAAUUUGCAUUUUUGUUUCGAGUUGUCAUCUCGUAAAAUAUUUGUUAAUUUCUUAAAAAAAAAAAAAAAAAAAGAAAAUGGUAUAACUAAGUAAUAGUACUGUAAGUUGAGUUGACUCGAAGAAAUAAUCGUAGAUACAUUGUCGAAUCUACCUCGUAUCUUCUUUUAUUUUUUGCUUGUUUCGUGAGGUAACUUGAAUUAUUCUAUGUGAUUAAACUGAUUUAUAUAAAAGGUCAUAUAAUGCGAUCAAUACAAAUUAAAAAAAAUAAAUGUUUGUUAAAUAUUUCUGUUAUAAUAAAAAUCAAAAUAGAAAAUAUAAAUUGCAUUUCGAGGCUCAUGUUGAAUAAUGUAAAAGUAAUGUUUCGUAUUUAACCUCGUAAUUUUCUUUUUUCGACCUAUGCUUCGUACAUUGUAACAUAUAUACAUGCAUGUAGGUAUGUAUAUAUAUGUAUCGUUUCUGAGUUUAGGAUAUUUAUUUAUAAAAAAAAAAAAACACGAACGAUGAUGAUACACAUGUAAUUUCCUUGAUUGUAAAGAAAUUCCCUGCGCCAACAAAUUUUAUUUAUUUGUUGCGCACAUAUUAUUGUACAUUCUAUACGAAGAAAAAAAAAAAGAAUACUUCGAGACAAUAAAUAUAUAAAGAAAGAAAUAAAACGUUUAAAGGUUAA